AUGUUUCGCAAGAGGUUAAAGCUAAAGUCUGGAAAUGCAAAUGAGCUGACAAAAGGCACCGGUCCUGGUGGCGGUGUGAAAAGUCAACGAAGGAAGAAACCUAGUCUCAUUGAUAAUUACGAAGAUGAUGAAGAAUUUGAACACAAUCUGAAUUCAAAGCCACAGGAAGGUCUUAAAAGAGCAUUCAAGAAGAUUAGCUCAAAUGAUAUACCGUCUAGUGCCGCUGAGGUGGAUACCCAGUAUGAGAUUCCCUAUUCGGCUCCAGCAAGGCCCCAGAUAUUGAACCUGGAGAAUAUGAGUGAGGAAGAGCAGAAUGAUGAAGAUUUCGACACGAGUGCUUCUGAUUGGAAAACGGUACCCUCUGAGUCUGAAAUUGAAACUAUCAGGAAGAGAAGGGCGAUCUUGCAGGAACAGCAGAGUGAUUAUAGCGGUACCGGUUUCUACGCUUCUAAAGGGAAAAUGACGUCGAAAGAAAACGAACGCAGCUACGUCAAAUUGCUGAGCCGUGACGACAAACAGGACUUGCUAGAUGUCAUAGGUGAUGGCCGAAAAGUGGAUCAGGAAGAUUCGACCACCAUGCCAGUUGAUACUUUACCGAGCGGAUUCGAAGAUAGCAGAUUAGCUCUCAGUGAGGGAGAGCUCCAGAAGGAUGAGAUGGAUCGGAGAAGAGCAAUACUCAGCGCCAUCAACGAUGCUCACGUUGAGGACGAAUGGGAAACGCAGCAGAUUGGCAAGACCGAUAACAAUUCUGUAGCUGUAGCGCUGCCGAUUCCGUACCAAGGUAAGAUUGAUCUCGAAUCAGUUGUUUCUGCUCUACAGGACCAUACCCUCAAAGUCCAAGCUAAGAAGAAGAUUCUGGUAGCCCGAAAAGUUUCUUUGGAAACUCAAAAAAAUGAGUUUCUUCGAGAAAAGGACGAAAUGGUCAUUCAACUACAAAAUCUCUCCGUUAUUUAG